AUGCUUCUUACUAGGGGGCUACUUAAACAUACGUCUCUUCCAGCAUGCAAAGGCCUAUCCUUAUUCCAUACUCUCUCACCUGUUCGACUUCUCUCACUGGACACGCCUGUGCCAGCUCCUCUCCCUGCAGUAUUGGUUAUUGGUCCCCGACCGCUUCGCCAACGAAUCACACACGGUUAUUUCCCCUUCAUUAUUAUCAUACCUAUCAGUAGGGACCACUUGGUACAGGUCACUGCUCAGCAAUCCUUCUGUUAUAAUCUUCUUCCCAGAUUCAGUAGUCCUAGGGGGAAGCUUUAUAUCUGUCUGGGCCACCACUGGCAAUUUGACACUGAAGCUCCCGUAUCGACAAGGACCUCCACCUUCUUGUCUCCCAGCAACACAUUACUGGUGAAGUCUGGCCCUUCCUUCAGCAAACGGUAUACCUGUGCCUUUCUCCUUCCCGUAUGUUCUCUCCCUUCCUCCCGCUUUCUCGACAACCGAGACGGGCUCCAAUUUCUGCCUAGGGGCCCUCCUGGGUGGGGUAGAGCUCGAAUGACCCUCUUUUCUCGGACUAGCAACCCAUUUCUCCCCUCCAUUCGAGUUAGGGUUGUUCCGUUCGGUGUAGUCCAUCUUUCUCCUGCGAGGACAGUUUACGGUCUCCCUCUGCCGUACACCACCAAAUCUUGUGCUCGAACUCGCCACAAGUCGUGCAGUUCGGCCCCAAUGACCUUGGUCGCCUCCAUAGUUUGUCGUAGAGUCGCGGGCCCGAUGUCCACAAUACUUGCAAGUCCAACACACCAGCCCAUAUCGACCCGGUGUGGGCUUGUGAAAUCCAUGACACAGAUCCCAGUCUCUCCUAUUGGGAACUGCCUCAGCCUUCCAGUCCUCUUCCACCUCUUCUUUCUGGUCCCGUAUCCGGAUACGCUCCCGGUCCUUCUUUUUCAUCACUACCUUGGCCCCUCUUAUUCUAUCCCAGAGUCGUUCGCUGGUCCGAGCAGCCUCUAUGGCUGCAUCCCGGCUGACAGCCACCCCCCCCCUUUCAGAACAUCGCCCAUGUAA